AUGACAGGAAAGGAGGGAAUUGUGUUUUCAGACUCUGAGAAUAAGCAGAAAUCAGCUUCACAAACCAGCGUGAACCACGGGGGAUCCCAGCUGCCUCCUCCAGCCUGGAAAAUGGCCCCCACGGCACACCGACGCACCGGCUUUGGGAUCCAGGAGCUGCUCGGCCUCAACAAGGAGACGCCUGCUGCAUCAAGGCGGCCGCUGGAGGCUCUGCCACACAGGGCACACGUCCUGGCCGCCAGGUCGGCCCUCGGACACGGUGCUCUCGGGGUCGGUAUGGGUUUGCUGGGACCAGAGGGAAUACACUCGUUUUAUAGCCAGCCUGCUUUUUUGGAGGUGCUGUCAGAGGCGCAAAAUGUGCACCUGCAGCCGCUGCACAGAGCGGCGCACAUGGACUCACAGGACGCACAGCACUCUGCCAGCUCGGAUUCUGAUGACAUGAGUCUCUCCGGUGAUAAGAAAUUCUCAAAAUCCUCCAUGAGCCAAAGCAAGAAACGGAAGAAAAGACGACACAGAACCAUUUUCACUUCCUAUCAGCUGGAGGAGCUGGAGAAAGCUUUUAAUGAAGCUCAUUACCCUGACGUAUAUGCCCGAGAAAUGCUCUCCAUGAAAACGGAACUGCCAGAGGACAGGAUACAGGUGUGGUUUCAGAACCGCAGAGCCAAGUGGAGGAAAAGGGAGAAGUGCUGGGGCCGCAGCAGUGUGAUGGCAGAAUACGGCCUGUAUGGAGCCAUGGUCCGUCACUCCAUCCCGCUGCCCGAGUCCAUCCUCAAGUCGGCCAAGGAGGGCAUCACAGAAUCUUAUGCCCCGUGGUUAUUAGGUAUGCACAAGAAGUCUAUUGAAACCUCGCCCACCCCACCUGGAAAACCCAUCAGCACGUCACCAACCCCAGCACAGGAGAAACCAGCAGACAAAGGGCUGGAGGAGGAGAAGGAGAUGGAGAAGCAGACAAAGGACCCCACAUCUCCAUUUUCUAAAGAAGAACUGAGGGAGAACAGUAUCGCUGUGCUGCGGGCGAAGGCACAGGAGCACAGCGCGAAGAUGCUCGGGACAGUUUCAGAAAGAACAAAUGGCCAUUUAACACAUAAAGAAGAAGCUGAGGACAAGGGGACGGAGGAAGAAACGGCAGAGGUGGAAGAGAGAAACUGA